ACCCCUCUGAUACUUGACAAGAAUGUUAAUGUCUGCUCUGGGUACAGCACAGACAAUAGCAGUGCAAGUUUCCCUGUAUUGUUCCCCAGUCUUUUUCUGGAGGAAUAUCUCUAGGAGUGAGAUGGAAGCUUACUCUUCCUUUGCCUUGGUAAUGAAUUAAGGCUGCCUGUAAGUGUAUUAGGUUUUGUCAUGUAUAUUUGUCUAUUAGGAAUUUGACUGAGACCAUCAACUCAUUUCACAUAUGCCACAGAACAGCUGACACAAAAAUUAACAGCAACAUUUUUUUAAGUACAUCAGCAGCAGGAAGCCUGUGAAACAAUCAGUAGGGCCAUUGGAUAAUUGAGGUGCUAAAGAAAGCAAUCAAGGAAGACAAGGCCAUUGCAGAGAAGCUAAAUAAAUUCUUUGCAUGGGUCUUCACUGUAGAGGUUGUGAGGGAGAUUCCCACACCAGAACCAUUGUUUUUAGGUGACAGAUCUGAGCAACUGUCCCAGAUUGAGAUGACAUUAGAAGAAGUUUUGGGGGGGAAAAAGAUAAAUUAAACAGUAAUAAGUCACCAGGUGCAGAUGGUAUUCAACCAGGAAUCACAGGCCAGAGAAACUAAAAUGGUGGUCUUGGAGCAAUUUGGCCAAUACCAAGUAGGCAGGCUGAGGCGAGAUAAAGGCCCCAUCAAAAUCUGAAGGGAGGGGUCAGUUGAACAUAGCUCAGGUUUUCAAUCAGGUCCUGCUUUGAUUGACAGAUGAGUUUAGAAUCUGUGAUUGGUCUGUUCAGGGGAGGCUUAAAGAUGAUUGGAGAAUGGGUAUGUUAAUGAUAAAGAUUGAAGAAAGAACCAAUCAGAAUAGGUUACAAAUCUGUAUAUCAGGUAGGCGCUGACAGACUGUGGGGAGCAGUUGCUGUUAUUAUGGGGGUAGCAUGAAUGAGCAAACUGAACCAACAUUGUGAGAAUCAUCAAAAGCUGAAUGAUAAGCGCUGAAAUCCCUGAAGAAAGAAAAAUAAAGACAAAGUAGUUAGAGAAGAAGCACUUGUUGACCAGAGGGACAGAAGACUACAGAGAAGAAUGAACGGCUGCUUAGAUGCUCUCAGUGCAAAAUUGCCAGAUACUGUGAUACACGUUGUCAGAAAGAAGCCUGGCAGGAGCACAAGCGAGAAUGCAAAUGUCUUAAGAGUGUUGAGCCUAACUUUCCUCCUGACUCAGUGAGACUUGUUGGCAGGAUUGUUUUUAAACUACUUGGACAAUCAGCAGCAUGUCCUUCUGAGAAACUCUACUCUCUUUCUGAUCUUCAGUCAAAUAUUGAAGAGUUAAGUGAAGAAAUGAAAGAGGGUCUCAGGCACCUGGCACAGACAUUGCAGCUUUAUUUGAGAGUGGAGAUCCAGGAUACUUUUCAGCUGCUACCUGCAAUAGACAUUUUUCAGAUCUUCGCAAAAGUGACCUGUAACUGUUUCACCAUCAGUAAUGGAGAAAUGCAGGAUGUUGGUGUUGGCCUGUAUCCCAGCAUGUCUCUCCUGAACCACAGCUGUGACCCAAACUGUGUGAUUGUUUUUGAGGGACGCCAGCUUCUUCUGCGGUCUGUCCGGGAGAUCCAGAUUGGUGAAGAGCUCACUAUCAGCUAUAUUGAAUCACUGAUGCCCAGCAGUGAGCGUCAAAAACAUCUGAAGCGCCAGUAUUGCUUUGAAUGCAACUGUCUUCUAUGCAAGACACAAGAAAAGGAUGCUGACAUGCUGGCAGGUGAAGAGCAGGCCUGGAAAGAAAUCAAAGAUGCUGUAGCUAAAGUGGGAGACCCAAGGUCACAAGAAGAGUGGGAGCAGGUUCUGGCAAUGUGCCAGGCUCUUCUAAAUAACAAUGCAGAUCGUCUUCCAGACACAAACAUCUAUCUGCUGAAAAUGCUUGACUGUGCCAUGGAUGCCUGUAUUAAUCUCAGACGUUGGGAGGAAGCCUUGCUUUAUGGCAACAGGACUCUAAAACCGUACAGACUGUAUUAUUCCAGCUUUCAUCCCUUGAGGGCUGUCCAGAUGAUGAGAGUGGGCAAAUUGCAGCAUACUCAAGACAUGUUUCCUCAAGCACUGGAGACCUUGAAGCAGGCUUAUAACAUUAUGAAAGUAACCCACGGAGCAGAUCACAGCCUGGUACAAGACCUGAUGAAACUUAAGGAACAGUGUGAGGCUGACAUGAGAGCACAGUGAGGAUGAUCUCAGGCUGGAAAACUAACAUUCUGGGGGAAAGGAAAGCAAAUCUUUUUUGUAGUGACAUUCUAUGACCUGAGCCAAAGCCCUCUGAAUCCAUUGGAAUGACUCCGAUUGAGUUUGGUAGGCUUUGGAUCAGGCCCUAUUUCCUUUGCUAAAAUGUUUAAUGUUUAUUAGCUUUGCUGUUCUGCAGUGUGAUUUUCCUCACUGAAUUCAAAUGUGGAGGACUACAGGCCAUUUUCAGAGGGAGUCUGCUCUCUGGGAAGCAGCAUAGUAGCAAAUAAGUCUUAGCAAUUGAUGUUCAAGUUAAAUGUUGGUAAUAAAAAAACAUACCUGUAUACAGAAUGCUGCUGUGCACAAAUCAGCAUCUUCUCUGGCUGUGUAUGAGGUGUUUAAAUGGUCCCUCUCUAUGUUUAUUUUUUAAUAAAUGGGCUUGAACCAAAAGCCCAGGUUCAAAUGUCUCUGGACAUAGGAAGAGUUUGAAAUCCAAAGUCAGACCCAGCCAGUAUUGUCUCAUCAUUCUGUUGGUUUCCUUCUCACACUCCGAACUGAGUGCUUCUUUCCGGGUUGCUCUUCAUGUGUAGAAUGACCUCUGAAUCCCAGCUUGUCAAAUCACCACUGUCCUCUGUGCUUAUUCAAAUCCCUCUGUGCCACGAGUUGUGAAUUCAUAAUAAAAGAGUAAAUAUAUAGUCACAGAUCCUCAUCUCUUGUAGAUCCAUGUAGCACCAUUUACGUCAAUGGCCAGCCGACUAUGCAAGUUUACACCGGCUGAGGAUAUGGCCCCCAGAUACAUAAUCAAUAGAGAUAUAGAAAACAUAAAUUAUUCCCUCCCCUUGAUUUCCCAGCAUCUCCUUCUGAAGGCCUGAGUCAAAGCCCAUGGAAAUCAAUGGAAAGACUUCUGAGGAGCUGAGUGAGUUUACCCUCUAGAUUGUAAGCUUUUCAAGGCAGUACCUCUCUCUAGUUUGUGUCUUGAAUGGGGCCCAGCACAUGUAUAGCACUUCCCGAUAAUAUAACAAUAUCUAUAUUUUACAAAUAUCUCCUGUCUUUAUAAUGGACUAAACCGAAGCAUUGGAUCAGAACAUGGCUAAAUUUAAGAGUGUUUGAAAUUCUGGUCUGAAUUUUGCCCCCAUCUCUGUUUUCUUUAAGGGACAUCAUUAUGAUUGUGGAGUUCCUCAGUUCCAACUGCUUUAAAAAUGACCUCAGAGACCUCUCCAGAUCAGUGAUCCUUUUGCCUUCUGCUCUAGAUCCACAUACACAGCUUUUAGGGGCUGUGCACGAAACUCCCUCAAGAUCUGUGGCUGUGAUACACGAUCAGUUACAGACCAAGGCAGAGCAAGAAGACUGUGGAUUAUCAAUUUGCUGCCAGGCCGAUUUAUAUAUGGCCAGAGAAAAUGAGGAGCACGGAUCAAACUCACUGAUAGCGCAGGAGCCAUGCAUUUUCAAUGUGGGAGGGGAAGGAAGGAAAGGACCAAUGUAAUCC